GGAUAGAAGAUAUAACUGGUAAUGCCUACAUACUGCAAUUUACCGCUGAUAUCUUGGAUAAAGAAAAAUUUUUGAAUGAUGUAUUAAAAAAUGUUAAUAAUAACUUAUUAUUAGGAUGUGCCAGAUUUGAAUUUAGUGAUAAAGAUAUUAAAGAUUUAAAAGGAACUAUUAGUGGUGCUUGGAGUGAUGGAAGUAAAGAAUGGACUCCUGAACGUAUGAUUCAACUAAACUACAGAUUCGGUGAUGAUGGUACUUUCUGGAUGUGUUAUGACGAUUUCCUUAAUUAUUGGGAUAUGAUUUAUAAAUGUAGAUUAUUUGAUUCAAUUAAACUUCCAGCUGUUGACUAUGUAAUUAUUCCACAUGAAAAUCAAGAACCAAAGCAAGAAAAGAUUCAGAAAUUGAGGCUAAAAAACGUAAAGGAAAACGAUGAUAAGGAAAAGAAAGAUGAAUGGGAAUUGCAAUUGGGAUUAAGAGUUUAUAGUAAAUGCGCAGGAAUUAAAUUGGAAGGGCUUCCAGGUGAAUUCCCAAAAAAGAAAGAUAAAAAAGAAGAAAAGGCUGAAGAAAAAGAUCUAGAGGUUGAUACUAAAGUUAUUAAUCCUAAAGAUGAUGAGAAAAAGGAUGAUGAGUAA